UGGGCAGGGAAUGACGGCUGUCCACCAUUUUGUUUCAGCGAAAACGUAAAAAAAACGUUUCAUGUGACGUAAAAAACGUCACGUAGUAUAAAAGGUAAAUCCCUCCUUCUUGCGCUCAUUCCUGGAUUUGGUCAAAGGUGUGAGUUUGCUUUCCCGAAGACUGAACCGUCGAGGACUUUGAACAACUCAAAUUCAUGUUUUUUCUUCAAGUAAUGGACAUUUGAUUACUAUUUUUGCCUCCAGUUUGUUCCUGAAGGAAAGGCUAGCAUUUAGCUAUCACAGCCCCACCCAUAAGAAGUUUUUCAGUUGAUAUUAAAACCAUGAAGGUUGACGACAUAAAAUUGAUUAAAUAGGAGCUAUAAGUGCCUUAAAAGCACACUAUAAUAUACCCGAGACGCUGAGGAUCUAAUUAUCAAUAAUAUGGCGGGGGGACCAGUAGAGCCAAGAGAGAUCUUGAAAGGUGUGGAAGCUCUGCUGGGAAAAGAUGGAGAGCUCCGCAGUCUGGAAGGAGUCCCAAAGGUGUUUAGCCUGAUGAAAGCUUCGACUAAGAUGGUCAGUAGAUGUAUCUACUUGAACAUCCUGCUGCAGACUAGAUCCCACGAUGUUCUUAACAGGUUUAUCCGAGUUGGAGGCUACAAGCUGCUUAAUUCCUGGCUCACUUACUCCAAAACCACCAACAACACCCCUCUGCUUCAGCUCAUCCUGCUAACACUGCAGAAGUUGCCUCUCAAAGUAGACCACCUAAAACAGAACAACACAGCCAAGCUGGUGAAGCAGCUGAGCAAGAGUGCAGAGACUGAAGACCUGAGGAAACUGGCUGCUGUGCUCGUAGAUGGCUGGAUGGCUACGAUCCGCUCACAGAGUGUCUCAAGCAGUAGCACCUCUCCUGCAGAUAAGAAAAAGAAGAAAGAGGAGACUAAGGUGCCUCUGCGUGACAUAAAGGAGAAAAGUGGGGAUGAGGAAAAGAGGAAGGAGAAACCAAAGGCUCACGCACCCAGCCACACAAAGAUUCGCUCCAUAGGAUUGGAAAUUGGAGACCCCCCCAACCCAGUCCCUGCUAAGAAGACGCCAGUUGCCCCACAGCUUGGGGACAAAUACAACAUUAAGCCUCCAGUCCUCAAAAGGCACAGCUCCGGUUCAGGAGAUGCUCCACCUCUGGAGAAAAAAUAUAAGCCACUGAAUACGCCCUCCAACUCUGCCAAAGAGAUUAAAGUCAAAAUAAUUCCAGCACAACCGAUGGAGUGUACAGGAUUCCUAGAUGCUCUGAACUCUGCCCCAGUGCCUGGAAUCAAAAUUAAGAAGAAGAAACCUGGUGCUAACACUCCAGCUAAUGCCAAGGUGGUCUCCCCCACAACUAACAAGGCCAGCCCAUUUGACAGCAAACCUGCGUAUUCAUCCACAAAACCUUCAUCGCCGGAAAAUGCCGCUUCCACCACUCCAGCAGAUGAAAAUCAGGAACCAGAGCAGCCCGGGACUCCUGUUCCCUCUGAGGACCCAGAGGCUUCUGACAACGGUGAGAAGCCAAAUGCUCUGGCAGAACCACGUGGGGAAGAAGAAGAAAGCUUGACCAAGAAAGGCAAGAAGAAGAAGACCGUUCACUGGGCUGAAGAGGAGCAGCUGAAACACUAUUUUUACUUCGAUUUAGAUGAGACAGAGAGAGUCAAUGUCAACAAGAUUAAGGACUUUGGUGAAGCAGCGAAACGAGAGCUGAUGAUGGACAGGCAAACAUUUGAGAUGGCUCGUCGGCUUUCCCAUGACACAAUGGAAGAAAGGGUUCCCUGGACACCCCCAAGACCUCUGACACUGGCAGGCAGUCUGGUCACUCCCGGGGCAAACAGCACAGAGAAGCUGACGCAAAGAGACCGCGAGAUGGGCAUUCUUCAAGAGAUCUUUCUCAGCAAAGAGAGCGUGCCUGACAGUCCACACGAACCAGAUCCAGAGCCGUACGAGCCCAUGCCCCCCCGUCUCAUCCCGUUGGACGAGGACUCCUCGAUGCUGGAUGAUGCCUACAUUGAGCCUAUGGACACAACAUCACAGCAAGGUGUCGGUGACAGCGCCAAGCUGCCCCCUGUCUUGGCCAACCUCAUUGGUAACCUGAGCAACAGCUCCCGCAGCCCGCAAGCCACCAACAUUGUCAGCAACACUGUGGCCCCCACUGUCAAUGUACAGGAGCUGCUCUCAUCCAUCAUGGGGGCCUCCGGUAACCAGUCUACUGAAGAACUGAUCAAACAACCUGACUUCUCUGAUAAAAUUAAACAGUUACUGGGUUCCCUCCAGCAGACCCAGAAUCAGAACCAGAACCAGACUGGGCCUCCACCAGUCAACCAGGGUCUGCUGGGACACGGUCCAGGGAUGAAUAACAUCAACAACAUGCACAUGCAGAUGCCCAUGAAUGCCGGCUACCCACCCAACAAUUCACCUGGCGGUCCUCGCUUUAAUCACCCCCCACCCCCUCACAACCACGGACCACCGUUCAAUGCUGGCGGAGGUCCACGCAUGAUGGGACCACCGCCGGGUCAGGGCAGAGGAGAAAGCAACUACUGGGGAGAUGAGUCGAUGAGAGGAGGGCCACACAGAGGUGGGCACUUUCACCGAGGAGGCCGGGGUCGGGGAGGAGGAGACCCAGGAUUCAGGGGCAGAGGACGAGGAGGCCCCAGAGGAGGACACAAUAACAUGAAUGACAUGUCCAAGAGACCCGUGUGUCGGCAUUUUAUGAUGAAAGGAAGCUGCAGGUAUGAGAGCAGCUGUGCGUUUUACCACCCCGGGGUAAACGGACCGCCACUGCCCCCCAAGUACCCUGCUAACAACCAACAUAAUCAGCACUCACAGCAUGGGCACUAGGUGACACCGCUGCCAGCCUGGGAACAAGUGAAGGACACUAGACCAGCCAUUAAUGGUGAUCCAGUUAAUGCAGGACGUCCUGUCCCGCACAGUGAGGUGUCUGAAGCCUUGCUGCCAGUGACUGAAGAGAAUCUCUGAUAGAACGAGAAGAGAGAAGAUGAGUGUUAACGAGUGACUUGAAGCCUGUGAGGUGAUCACUGAUGUGACUGUUUUUAUUGUGAUCAGUUUUAACAGCGAGAAUAAAACAAGCCACCAUUUUUGACCACUAUGUGUGAACUGCUGCAGCUUGCUGCCUGUCCGCUCUGCCACUUUCCAAAUCACUAACACGGUCGACUACAUGGAAAUGUUCCACCGUUCUUUGUACCAAAUGUGAUAUCAGUUUGAUGUUCUCCUCUAAUUUUGUUAACGCAUCAGUAAGGAUUGUACAGAAGAGUCACAAAUGUUUUUCCCUUCCUGCAUGAGACAAAACUUUAGGAAGACCCAGCUGAACUGGGCCUGUAAAGGAACAUGACACUUAAACUGGCCAAUUUUCUGCCUACUCCUAAAGAAAUGCGUCUGUUAACUGUGCUGACCUGAACCUUUGCUUUUUUUUUUCUUUUUUUUUUUCUUUGCUUUUCUUAAGCAGUAAUUUGUCAUAUGUAAGCUUUCAGGCUCAUCGGUUCAGUCAGGUCCAUGUGUGUUGUGAGACAAUCGUGACAUGCUCAGAAGAGCUGCUGCCUGUCACUUCUGUACUCAUCUGAAUCCAGGAGGGGUUUGUGUUGUCAGUGUUAAAGAUAGGAACGGUGAAUCCCUCUGUGGUCACCUCUAUUAUGUGUUUUCUGUGAAAACAAUCAUUUAUGUGUCUCUUGUGGGACUGUGAGAAUUUUUGUUUUUGAACCUUUCAUCUACAUUUUUUUGAUACAAACUUGGCAGUGUGGUUCAUUUUUCUUUUGACAGUAUAAACUGUAUGAAUAAUAAAUUCAUACACGUCAGUUGAGUUUUUUUGUACACAGUGUAUUAAAUAAAUGUUUAAAUACUGAA